AUGCCUUGCUCGUUAACACAGUUUCAGCGGCUUGACGUCCAGACACUCAUAACCUCCCAGCGCCCGCUGCUUCAUAUCGAUCAUGGCAUAGUCUACCACUUUGACGAAGUAAGCCACCGCGGCUGUCUCCCACCUCACGAGAUACACCCCCUCUUGGAGAAAUCGACAGGACCCGUACAGAUGUUACUUUUUGAGAGUAGAUUUAGGGCGGCAAUGUGUGACUCUUGCCUCGACGAAGAAGCAGCCACCAUCGAAGCUGCCUCGAACGACGUCAUAGCUCCUCCUCUCAAAAUGGGAACGCAACAUCCACUUCUCCAGCUUCUUGACAGCACGAACGGCUCCACGCCGGUCUCACAUGACUCAGUUCAACUCCACAACUAUGAACAUCAGUCUCACGAUCGUUGUACCAAAAUGUGCUCGUUCCAACGUCGACCUCUCCGCUCCGCUGGCCUCGGAAUCGGAACGGCCCUAGCAGAUUCUAGCUCUCGACAAGCUUUCCAAGAGUGCACCAUAACGUAA